AUGUGUAUUUAUUCCACCAGGUACAACAGAAACGGGAGCGGCCGAAGGAGCAACGCCAGACACAGUCCACCCCUCACGGAGCGCUCGCGCGCUCCCCGCCAUUUUGUGGCCACCCCCGGCAGCGCCCGCCCCUCCCGCCAUGUUGUGACCGCCCACACGGGCACCGCCCCCCGCCGCCGCUGCCCCUCAGCCCCCGAGCGGCCCGAGCGGGGCCCCGCCGGGGCCAUGGAGCCCGGCAACUUCAUAGCGCGGGACAACUACUGGAAAAAAUGCGUCGAAAAGGAAGGAGAUGCUGCAAAAAGAUGGUCUGACAAAUGGGGGUUCUUGAAAACACCUCUUGAGGAGUUGAUAGGAGAUGAAAAAAAAGAUGCAAAGCCCAAGAUAGAGCUUCCAGAACACAUGCGGAUUCGCCCUGUGACACCUGUGGAAAAAUACAUUAAGGUGCUUCCAUCUCCUCCAGUGCCUAAAACCACGCAGGGAUUCAUUGGCUGGAGAUCAGCUGUGCCCGGGCUGGAGCUGGAGAUCGAUCAUCAGAUCCGGAGCUGCAAAGGAGCCCUCUGCAGGAGUCUGAACUGAGCCCGGGGGCCUCGCUGACAGGAACCAAGGAUUAGGCACACAGAUCCAUUUGCAGUCCUGGCUACACAUCCCACGGUGGACUGGUGGACUGUUGAAUAUUUAUGCUUUACACGUGAUUUAUGUAAACAUCCCCAAUCAUUUUGGUAAAUGUAUUUUCAUGGAGCAUUUUGCUUGUUAGUGAUUAUUUGAAACCUGUGGCAUCCAAGGUGUUAACUCAGCUUCAGGUUUACUUCAAAAUAACAGUGAAUACACUCAGAUAAAGGUCACAAAGCAGGUACUAUUUUUAUUUGCAUUAAUAAGACUAUAAUUUAAAAAUACUUAUUGGAAGUUGGAAUGACAGAGCAAAUUUUUUAAUUGUUUCUCCAUGAGAUCCUCUACUCCUACUCAGUUUCACAGCAUUCUUCAAAUAUAAAUACAGACUGCUGUGUUCCUGACAAUCCAACUGUACUGCUCAUUCCCAAUUCAUCACUUACCACUGCUGGAAUCUGUGUUUAGAAUUAAUUUUCCAUGAGCACUGACCUGGCCCACUGUUGAGUUCUCAGGUGCCUCUGCUGGCACAAAACCAUCUCUUCUGUACAGAGAGGAUGAGAAGAUGCAGAGGAGGGUGUCAGGCACGACUUCAGUCGGCUCAGGCUGCCACGGGACUGCAUCCUUGAGUUUGGAAAGAAGCUUUCCUCAUUAAAAAACAAAACACAGCAAACAACCAAAAAACACCUGCAGAAAAAAACAAUUAUUAGGCUUCAUCACAGUGUGUCCACUGGAGCUUGAAAAAAGCACACAAACCAUAAGUGUAGUUAAGUCAUAAUUAUAAAAUACAUUGGGGUUUGUAUUGUGUGCUCUUUGCAGGUAUUCUGUGUAGUUACACACAUAAGUAAUUGAGUAGUUCCCAGUACACAAAUAAAGUAUGCAAGGGCCACAGUGACACGAAGUCACUUUGAAAAAUCAGUUUUGGUAUCAAACCAGGGGUUUUUUCAAUUAGUUGAUCAGAAUGCAAAUGGGUUACAAGGCAUUUAUGUCACUUCAGUUUUGUGUGUACCAAUAUUUGUCCCAGCCAGGACAGGUCAAUACUCAGGAACAGCAGAGGAUUGCACUGGGAGUUACUGGUGUAGCUCCCCCGUGCUGUGGAGAUCAGUCUUGCACUUCGUUCCCUGCAGGUUUGCCAGGAUUUUUGGAAAGUCGGAGGAGACUCCAUUGCAGCAGGAUGUAAUUCUAACUGGCCAACAUGUUUAAACUAGAAGGUUGCUUAAACAAAAAGGAGCCUCCAAGAAGUCAACACAGGCAGCUCCUUCUAACUCCUUGUUACUUAAAGAGGAAAGAUUUUGCUUUUCAAUCCUGCUGCAGGAUCUCCAUUGUGUUCUCCAGCCAUCAAUAGCUACCUCUUGAGUCAGCACUAAGUGCUUGGCUAUCACAGCAGUAAGUCAGCAGCCAGUGUUUGUUCUUCCCUUCUUCCCAAGAAAUGACUCACAAUGAUCAACAGCCCACCUUUUUUUUUUUUUUUAAUCCAGUUCCAAAUGCCCACAAAAUAAUAAUAUUUUACUUUUUCCAUAUUCUUUACAAAUAAUGGAGAAGUGACUCAUAUCCUUUGGAAGGAUUACCCAAGAAUGAGAACACAUAGCAGGAGUAACUUCAGACACGUUACUUAAAAACCAGAAUAAAGAAUAACUUGGAAUCAGACUCUGGAAAUUUAAGCUAAAUUGCAGUUUAGCUACUAACCAUAACCUGUUUAAACUGUUCUUUGAACAGCCAAGAUCAUUGUAAGAACAGUAUUUUAGAUCAGUGUGCUUUCUUGUCAUUGCCAGGUUUGUAUCUCUUGCUUAUUUUAAUCAUGUGGUUCUUCAGUUUAUUUUAAGAUAAAAAGAUCCUCUUAUUGCCUGAUUUAUAUAAACAGGUAUAAUAAUGAUUGGUAUGUAAUUUAGUAACAACAAAAUUACAUUAAUUCAGGCCAAAUGAAAGGGGAACUUCAAGACCACUGGUUUUCCCAGAGUUGUAUUAAAUAACCAAAGCUGGCACCUGAUAUCCAGUGGGUGUUUGUAUGACGUGAAAUCCAAAUGAACCAUGGUUAGAUUUUGAAAACCAAAAUAAAUUCUUUGUCCAGCAUCUUCAGUUGGAGAUUUCUGAAUCUUAUUCCUGAUGUCUGAAUAUUAACUCUGUACUAAUAAGGGGGUUUUUAUUAUACAUUCUGCCAUUUUAAGGUACCUUUACUUCAGGACAUACUUUGAUACAGCCUAAUUUGGGAUGUGCAAGGAGUAUUGUCUAAAACUGGAACUCAUUCCUCUAGCAGAAAUAUGUCAGUUGUUAAGUGCUCCAUGCAUUCAAUGUUUUGAUGUUAUGUGAAACUAUAAACCUCAAUAUUUCUUUUCUCAGCACUUUCAGUUUUACCAUUAUACCUGAAAAAAUUGUGUAGAAGUUGUAGAUUUGCAGCUGACAAAGGACUGCCCAGUCAUCAGCCCCACUGAGAAUCCUAAAGGCCAAUACAGAAUUGUUACAUCACCUUGUAAUGUUUCAAACCUGGCCUUUAAUUUGUGGAAAUUAACCUGUUUAUGGGAGCCAAGUUG